UUUAAACCUAACGCUAGUCUAGACAUGAACGUCGCUGUAGUCAUCGGAGCUGCCAGCAACCUAGGAUAUCACGUAUUGAAGAAACUCACAACAAUCUACGAUGGGAAAAUCUACUUCACAACAGAAGAUGAAACUAUCGGCUACCACGUUUACGAAUCCCUCAACAAAAACCCUAAUCUCGAAUACUUUAGAAUGGACAUAACAUAUACGAAGAGUAUCAUCAACCUACGGCAUCUGAUUCAAGACCGAGACGAGAGGAUAGAGCUCCUGAUAAAUAAUACGGAUUAUGUAUCAGAGAAGAACUUGGCACGGGCCGAAAAAGUACGCCGGACGCUUAGUGUAAAUUUCUACGGAUACAUAAAUUUUGGCAAACUUGUUUAUCCUCUGUUGACUGAAAACGCCAGAGUUAUUAAUGUGUCAGGCCCCGCGGGACUCUUGGCUACGAUCAAGAAUGAAGAGAUCAGAACGAGAAUUAGUAAUCCAAAUAUUACGGAAGAUGAAUUAGUUGCUUUGAUGCAGGAUUACGAAGAAGCCGUCAGAAGAGGAAUCGAGAAAACUGAAGGAUGGGGUAUGAGUAUGCAUUCCGUUAGUAAGGUGGCCCUCAACGCUGUAACGUUUCUCCAACAUAGAGAAUGGUCUGAACAAGGCGUAAUGAUAAACUGCGUGAAUCCCGGAAGCUUAUCUAGUAAAGAAGACAGAAAAUCAACAAAGGUGUACGAGGAAGGCGCUAAGGCUGUUUUGUUUCUAGCAACAGAGGCACCGUUGAGUUUAAAAGGCAAUUUCGUAUGGAGCAAUUACAAUGUGAUUCCUUGGAACACAGAUCCAUUCGUCGAAGUGACCACUGUGUGAAAUGAGGUUAAAAUCAGAAACGCAAAAUGUUUUAAGUGCGUACUUGUGAACUGCUAAAGCGAAGACUCUUUUGCUGGAAUAAAGGAUUCAAAGCUGCAAAUUGUUAGGAUUUUAUCGAGAUUUUUAUAUCUGCAAUAACUGUAACUGGUAGUUUUGUCUUUAGAAUUUAUGGGCUAUAAUAACAGAGGCUAAGCAGUGCUCGCAUUCGCGCGGUCAUUAAAACAAGAAUAUGUCUCGCCUCUCGCUAACUUGUAGAUAUACGCGUUUGCAUUUGUUCGAAAAUUUAACACAGCCUUCUCGUUGUACUUUUAGUAUGGGUUAAAAGUACUAUUUACAUUAUUAAAUUAAGCAAACGUUUAAAGUUAGUUAGCCAUUCUAUGUAAAAUUAUUACUAUGUAAUGAUGGGUAUUCCGAUUGUACAAACAUAACUAAAAAUACUGAAUUAGUUACGUUGACCUAAUAAAUAGAAAAAAUAAUUUUUAAAGAAGCAUUUGCUGCAACAAAAAAACAAUUCUAGCACUAUAUUAAUUCCUGAUAAAGUCAGGUAAUAUAUAUUAUUUUAAAUAUAUUGUAUUUUCAUAUAUUAAAAUGUAAUAUUUGUUAUGUAAAUAGUGAAAUAAUGAUAUUUCUGUUGAUUUUCGUGUAUUUCUUACAUAUUGUUGACUAAAAAUUUCAACUUAUGGUGGUACGAUAACAUUUAUAUGUUUGAAACGGUAUCUAUCUAAUAGAUUUUUGAAAAAUAAUUUGAAGUAGUAUAUUUUAUUGUAAGAAUCCUCUCAAGUUGCGAAUUGUUGUAAGUCAUAAAUAAAAGUUAAACCAGGCGACUAUAUCACGAGGUCGUUGCAUCUUUUAUGGUUGUUGUUGUGAUUUCUACUUUUGCGGACAAAGUACGGAAUGUCGCAUAUAAAAUACUGGCGGUAACUAUGAACUAUACACAUUUCGGUCUUAUUGGGGCUUUAUAUCUCACGACUCGUUUCUCAGUUUAAACUAUUCCAUAUUUAUAUUCAGUGUAAUCAUUUUAAUAAUGAAACAAAUUGUUACAUAGAAAUGCAGCUAAUUAAAUUACAAUGUGUUAAUUUGUUUAUUGAUUUUAACUAUUAUGAAACUCAUUAUAUGUACACCUAUUA